CAGAGAUGCUCGCGGUUAGCCGUUUUGUAGCGUGGGCCUAUAUCUUAAACAGAGUGCAGAAACCGGACAGUUAAAAUUUUAGGAAGAGCCUCGCCACACGCACUGUCUGCAAAACGGGUUGCACUUGGAUUACGGAUUGGUGAACUGUCAAAGGGUUAACGGCUAAAGACUGGGGUAUAUCUUCAGUAAAGCAUUAUUCGCGCGCCGGUCCUAAAAAGUAGCCUUUAUAGCUGAAAUUAUUAAAACAAUGGCAGUUGUCUCAUUUGAUAGAUUUUGUUAUGCUAUUAAUAAUAUCGCGUUUACAUUCUUUCUACUCCGUUUGUAAAAAUCUUGUUAUCAGACAUUUCGUUUAGUUAAAUAGCAUCACGGAGAAUGGAAGUCUUUUCAGAAGACGCUUCCCGUCUACGUAGGCUGAACAUCAGGCUCUACUGAAAUACAUCGGUACUGGAUCCCGUACGGAAUUUCAAUCUUUCAAUUCAAUUUUUACCAAGAUUUUGGUUGGACUUGACAGUAUGUGGUUAAGAAGCUCCCAUUGGCUGUUGGUGUCUGUCCUGGUGAGUGGAGCCGUCACCAGGGAGUCCGGCCCUGCAUCCACCAGCCCCGGCGCGUCUCUAAGUCCAGUCCUGACCGUAAUGGAAGACGAGAGGCGGACCGCGACAGAGGGUCAAUACAAAUGCCUUGAACUGUUGAGCCAGGACCAGCAGCACAACAAAACAGGUGCGUUCUGUAGCCGUAUGUGGGAUGGUUUGCUAUGUUGGGACGAGACUCCGGUUGGAUCCUAUGCUACACAGAGCUGCCCAGGACACCAUGGCGUGGAUACCUCCGGAAAAGUGUCAAAAUAUUGUGAUGAAUCUGGUAAUUGGGUCCAAAGUCCUUCCAUUAAUACGACCUGGUCCAACUGCCUGACGCUCUCCAAGGACAGAUUAAAGGUGAGUCUGGUGGAACCUGCAUCUCUCGUGCCUACUUUGGAGAUUCCCUUCAGCCCCCGGGUAAACCAAGACGAGGAGACGAGGAAGAAGAUUAUUGACAGUCAAUACAAAUGCUUUGAGAAGAUGAACAGAGACCUGCCUUAUAACAAAUCAGGCCUGUACUGUAACCGGACCUGGGACGGGUGGCUGUGUUGGGAGGACACACCUGCAGGCACAGUGAGCUGGCAGAACUGCCCUAACUAUUUCCAGGACUUUGAUUCAACUGAAAAAGCUACAAAGAUCUGUACUGAAUCGGGACAGUGGUUCCGGCACCCAGACACCAACCGGACGUGGUCCAACUACACCCUCUGUAACUACCACACUACGGGCAAACUGAAGAUGGCUUACAUCCUGUACUACAUGGCAAUUGUGGGUCACGCUUUAUCAAUAGCCUCCCUCAUGAUCUCUCUGGCCAUAUUCUUCUACUUCAGGAGCCUAAGCUGCCAAAGGAUCACCCUUCAUAAGAACCUCUUUGUCUCCUAUGUCCUCAACUCUGCUCUCACACUCAUCUACCUCAUAGCAGUGGUCAACAACCCCGACGUGGUGGAAAGAAAUCCAGUUGGCUGUAAGGUGCUGCACUUCUUCCACAUGUACAUGCUGGGCUGUAACUACUUCUGGAUGCUGUGCGAGGGGAUCUACCUGCACACCCUCAUCGUGGUGGCCGUGUUCGCCGAGGAGCAGCGUCUCCACUGGUACUACCUCUUAGGCUGGGGGUUCCCCUUAGUGCCUGCAUCCAUCCACGCCGUAGCCAGGAAGAAGUAUUUCGAUGACAACUGCUGGAUGAGUGUGGAGACCCAUCUGCUCUACGUGGUUCACGGCCCCAUCAUGGCAGCGCUGCUCGUGAAUCUGUUCUUUUUGCUGAACAUUGUGAGGGUCCUUGUCACCAAGCUGAGGGACACUCACCGGGCAGAGUCUAACAUGUACAUGAAGGCAGUGAGAGCCACCCUGAUCUUGGUCCCUCUGCUGGGCAUCCAGUUUGUCAUCUUUCCCUGGAGGCCAGAGAACCGGCUGGUGGGGGAGAUCUAUGACUACAUCAUGCAUAUAUUAAUGCAUUACCAGGGUUUACUAGUGGCAACAAUAUUCUGCUUUUUCAAUGGCGAGGUGCAGGCAGCUCUGAAGAGGCAGUGGGUGCAGUACAAAGCCCAGUGGGGUCAGAGGCGGAGGGACCACUGCUCGAUGCGCUCCACCUCCUACACCGCGACCUCCAUCACCGAGGUGCCGUCCUUCAUGUACCAUCACGACUGCAGCAGCGAACACUUGAACGGCAGACAUGCGGCCGACCAGUCCGAACUGGUGGCCCUGAAGUCGGCGGACGCUUGUGCCUAGCGGACCGGCGAUGCGACGGCGA